GCCCCCCUGAGUUUGACAGCCGCCGGGGCCGCGUCCCCGAGCCGCCCGCGUCCCCGAGCCCCCGGGGCGGGGACCCGCCGCCGCCCCGCGCCUGCCCCGCCGCCGGGAGGAGAAUGCCGGCGGGGCUCUCCUGGCCCGAAGCGGCGGCGCUGGCGCUGCUGGCCCUGGCGCUGCUGGUCAUCCUGUGCCGGCACCUGUGGGCGCUGCGCUGGAGCCUCAGCCGGGACCGCGCCAGCGCCCUGCCCCUGCCCAAGGGCUCCAUGGGCUGGCCCUUCUUCGGGGAGAGCCUGCACUGGCUGCUGCAGGGUUCCCGCUUCCACAGCUCCCGGCGGGAGAGGUAUGGAAAUGUCUUCAAGACCCACCUCCUGGGCCGGCCGGUGGUGCGGGUGACAGGCGCUGAGAACAUCCGCAAGAUCCUGCUGGGCGAGCACACGCUGGUCAGCACGCAGUGGCCCCAGAGCACCCAGAUCAUCCUGGGUUCCCACACUCUGCUCGGCUCCAUUGGUGACCUGCAUCGCCAGCGCCGCAAGAUCCUGGCCAGAGUGUUCAGCCGCACUGCCCUGGAGAGCUACCUGCCGCGGAUCCAGAAGGUUGUGAGCUGGGAGCUGCGGGGCUGGUGCAUGGAGCCGGGCUCCAUCGCAGUUUAUUCCUCCGCUAAAACCUUAACUUUCCGCAUUGCAGCUCGGAUUCUGCUGGGGCUCCGCCUGGAGGAAAAGCAGUUCAAGGACCUGGCCAAAACUUUUGAACAGUUGGUGGAGAACCUCUUCUCCUUGCCCCUCAACAUACCCUUCAGCGGGCUGCGCAAGGGAAUCAAAGCACGGGACAUGCUACAUAAGUUUAUGGAGAAGGCUAUACAGGAAAAACUGCAGAGAAACAACCCAGAAGAUCACAGCGAUGCUCUGGAUUUCAUAAUAAACAGUGCCAAGGAACAUGGCAAAGAACUCACCAUGCAGGAGCUAAAGGAGUCAGCGAUUGAGCUCAUAUUUGCUGCUUUUUUCACCACGGCUAGUGCCAGCACCUCUCUGAUCCUCUUGUUACUGAAGCACCCCUCAGUGAUUGAAAAAAUAAGGCAGGAGCUGAUGUCCCAUGAUCUGUACCAGCAGUGUGAGCACUGCCCUGCAGGACCCUGCCCGGACACCCUGACCACCCAGAGCAGGAACAGUGAUAAGCCACUUCUCCACCCCACUGCCGAAGAUGUUCGCAAGGACCAGAGCCAGCCCCCGGGCCCAAAGGAGGAAGGUUCCCCCCAGCCUCUCACCCCGCUGGAGCCCACCCUCCCCCAGAGCCGUCCCUGCACUGGCCCCCAGCUCCAGGCGCUGUCAGGGCAGAGCUGUUGCUGCCCCUCGGAUAUCAGCCUGGAGAAGCUGAGCCGCCUGCGCUACCUGGACUGUGUGAUUAAGGAGGUGCUGCGAGUGCUGCCACCCGUCUCCGGAGGCUACAGGACAGCACUGCAGACUUUUGAGCUGGAUGGCUACCAGAUCCCCAAAGGCUGGAGCGUCAUGUACAGCAUCCGUGACACGCAUGAGACGGCUGCCAUCUACGAGAGCCCCCCCAGUGGCUUUGACCCAGACCGCUUCAGUGCCACGCGGAUGGAGACUGCGAGCCGCUUUCACUACAUCCCCUUCGGCGGCGGGGCGCGGAGCUGCAUUGGCAAGGAGCUGGCACAGGCCAUCCUCAAGCUGCUAGCCAUCGAGCUGGUCAGCACAGCCCGCUGGGAGCUGGCCACCCCCGGCUACCCCGCCAUGCAGACCGUGCCCAUUGUGCACCCCGUUGAUGAUGGGCUGCAGCUCUACUUCCACCUCUUGCAGCCCAGCCGUGGCAGCAAGGCCUGAGCCAGGGGCAUGCUGCCCCUCUCAGCCCUGGCGUCAAUGCCCCUCCACGGCUGCUGGGGGCAGGUCUCUGCUGGCCCAGGCUGGGUAUGGCACUGGAUCACUGCAGAGCAAAACCCCAAAGGUCUUUGUAUUUUUCCCCUCCUGGUGUGUAAGCUGGUAGGGAAGGUCCUGCAGAGUCCUGCUCCUGAGCACCGGGGUAAGCCUCGGCCCCAGACCAGGGGCAAAGCCCGCUGAAGCUGCUGGAAAGGGAGCAUCCCCCAUGGGGGGUCAGCCAGCCCCUGCCCCACGCAGGUCUUCAGCCACCAGGGAUGGCGAGCAAAACUCCCAGCCCUACAGCUAAGGCUCCCAGAGCUUUUCUGUCCCAGGGUUAUCUCCUGUGGGUGUGUUAUAGGAGAAGCAGGAUGAACAUUCUGCACAGUGUAGCUUUUUAGAUGUAAAAAAGGAAAGAUGGAGGGGAUCUGCAGGAAAACACAAGCUGGGGCUGCCCAGUCCAUGGCCUCAGCUGUAGCUAGAAUACUAGAGUGUAAAGUGGCUUUUAUUGUAAAUAUUUAAUCUUAUUCCUGGACUUCACAUUAGAGCCGGCACAAAGAGGAUGUGUGUCAUUCACCCAGUAGUAGUAGCUGUGUAUGUUGUGCCUGAGCACUGUGCUGC